UUUACCCAACCACUCCCUGCAAGUCCCGUCUCCCUCUCCAAUCCAUCACUUUCGAGGCAUUGUCUCGGAGACUCGAUCUGGAUGAAAUACACGCACAACGGCUUUAAAUCAACGGGGCUGGCGGUCCAGUCCUUAACUCUCUCCCGAGUCCAGUGUUGUUAGCUCAGACAUUCACACCGGGAUAUUACACGUUCUUUUUAACAGGAGGAGACCAAAAGCUGAAACCAAGCGGCAAGACUGAAAGGGAGAUAUGUCCAAGAUGGAGGUGAAAACGUCACUUCUCGACAAUAUGAUUGGGGUGGGGGACAUGGUGUUACUGGAGCCCCUCGCUGAAGAGUCUUUCAUAAAGAACCUGAGGAAACGGUUCGACCACAACGAGAUAUACACCUACAUUGGCAGUGUGGUGAUCUCCAUCAACCCCUAUAGAGCUCUGCCCAUCUACACUCCAGAUAAGGUGGAGGAGUACCGCAACAGGAACUUCUAUGAGCUCAGCCCUCACAUUUACGCCUUGGCAGAUGAAGCCUACCGAUCCUUACGGGACCAGGACAAGGACCAGUGUAUCCUCAUCACAGGGGAGAGUGGGGCCGGGAAAACAGAGGCGAGUAAGCUGGUCAUGUCCUAUGUUGCUGCAGUGUGUGGGAAGGGAGCAGAGGUGAACCAAGUCAAGGAGCAGCUCCUCCAGUCAAACCCGGUGCUUGAGGCUUUUGGAAACGCUAAGACCGUGAGGAACGACAACUCGUCUCGCUUCGGAAAAUACAUGGAUGUUGAAUUUGAUUUCAAAGGAGACCCACUGGGCGGAGUUAUCAGCAACUAUCUUCUAGAGAAGUCCCGUGUCGUCAAACAGCCGAGAGGGGAGAGGAACUUCCACAUCUUCUAUCAGCUUCUGUCUGGGGCAUCGGAGGACAUGCUGAAGAAACUGAAGCUGGAGCGGGACUUCAGCAAGUACAACUACCUGAGCCUGGACUCUGCCACAGUGACCGGGGUGGAUGACGCGGUCUGCUUCCGAACAGUGAAGAACGCCAUGCAGAUCGUUGGCUUCAUGGACAACGAGACGCAGUCUGUGCUGGAGCUGGUGGGAGCUGUGCUCAAACUGGGGAACAUCGAGUUCAAACCGGAGUCGCGAGUCAACGAGGUGGAUGAGAGCCGCGUCAAGGAUAAAAACGAGCUGAAGGAGAUCUGUGAGCUGCUGGGGAUUGAGCAGUCUGUCCUGGAGAGAGCGUUCAGUUUCCGCACUGUGGAGGCCAAGCAGGAGAAGGUGUCCACUACUCUCAAUGUGGCCCAGGCAUAUUAUGCCCGAGAUGCCUUGGCUAAGAACCUGUACAGCCGUCUCUUCACCUGGCUCGUAAACCGAAUCAACGAAAGCAUUAAGGCACAGACGAAAAAGAGAAAGAAGGUCAUGGGGGUUCUGGACAUUUAUGGUUUUGAAAUUUUCGAGGAAAACAGUUUCGAGCAGUUCAUCAUUAACUACUGCAACGAGAAACUCCAGCAGAUCUUCAUAGAACUUACGCUGAAGGAGGAACAGGAGGAAUACAUCCGAGAGGAUAUUGAAUGGACGCACAUUGAGUAUUUCAACAAUUCUGUCAUCUGUGACCUGAUUGAAAAUAACACCAACGGGAUCAUGGCCAUGCUGGACGAGGAGUGUCUGCGCCCUGGGACCGUCACGGACUCCACCUUCCUGGAGAAGCUCAAUCAGAUCUGCGCGGACCACCAGCACUUCGAGAGCCGCAUGAGCAAGAGCUCAAAGUUCCUCAACGACCACAGCCUGCCCCACAACUGCUUCCGCAUCCAGCACUACGCCGGCAAGGUGCUGUACCAUGUGGACGGCUUCGUGGAUAAGAAUAACGACCUGCUUUACCGGGACCUGUCCCAGGCCAUGUGGAAAGCCAAUCACAGCCUCAUUAAGAGCCUCUUCCCGGACGGAAACCCCGCCAAGAUCAACCUCAAGAGGCCCCCCACCGCCGGCUCCCAGUUCAAGGCCUCGGUGGCAACGCUGAUGAAGAACCUGCAGACCAAAAACCCAAACUACAUCAGGUGCAUCAAGCCCAACGACCAGAAGGCAUCCCACAUCUUCACAGAUUCGCUGGUGUGCCACCAGGUGCGUUACCUGGGCCUGAUGGAGAACGUGAGGGUGAGGAGGGCGGGCUAUGCUUUCCGCCAGCCCUAUGAUGCCUGCCUGGAGCGCUACAAGAUGCUGUGCAAACAGACCUGGCCACACUGGAGGGGGCAAGCCAGGGAUGGUGUGGAGGUGCUACUUAAAGACCUUCAGAUCCCAGAAGACGAGUACUCCUAUGGCAGAUCAAAGAUCUUUAUAAGAAAUCCCAGAACGCUCUUUUCCCUGGAGGAACAGAGGAAGCGGCGCCUGCACGGGCUCGCCACUCUCAUCCAGAAGAUCUACCGCGGCUGGAAGACCCGCACCCACUUCCUGCUGAUGAAGAGCAGCCAGGUCACUGUCGCUGCCUGGUACCGCAGAUAUGCUCAACAAACGAAGUACAAGAAAACAAAGAGCUCUGCGAUCAUGGUCCAGUCUUUCAUUCGAGGCUGGAAGGCUCGCAAGAUCCUUCGGGACCUGAAGUACCAGAAGCGGUGCAAGGAGGCUGUGACGACUAUCGGAGCGUACUGGCACGGAACUCAGGCACGGAGGGAACUGAGGCGUCUGAAGGAGGAAGCCAGGAAUAGACGCGCAGUCACUGUUAUUUGGGCUUCCUGGCAGGGGACGAAGGCACACACGGAACUGGGGCGUCUGAAGGAGGAAGCCAGGAAUAAAACUCUUGUCUAUAUAACAUGGGGGUGGUACGGGGGAGAGAGCGGUUCUUUGCCUUCUUUCCAGGCCCGCAGGGAGCUGAAACGCCUAAAGGAAGAAGCCAGGUGUAAACACGCAGUCGCUGUCAUUUGGGCGUAUUGGCUUGGACUGAAGGUGCGGCGGGAGUACAGGAAGUUCUUCCGGGCCCAUGCUGGAAAGAGGAUCUACGCAUUUACUAUCCAGAGAAUCAUGCAGAAGUACUUCCUGGAGCUAAAGAAUAAGAUGCCUUCGAUGUCCCCCUGCGACAAGACCUGGCCAGCUAGACCCUACCUCUUCCUGGACUCCACCCAUAGGGAGCUGAGGAGAAUCUUCCACCUCUGGACGUGCAAGAAAUACAGGGGCCAGUUCACAGAUCAGAAGAAGGCAAUUUACGAGGAGAAGCUGGAGGCUAGCGAGAUCUUUAAGGACAAGAAGGCCUUGUACCCCAGCAGCGUCAGUCAGCCGUUCCAAGGGGACUACCUGGAAAUCAACAAGAACCCCAGAUACCAGAAACUCAACAGCCUGGUGGAGGAGAAGAUCAUCUUCGCAGACAUUGUGAACAAAAUCAACAGGGCCAAUGGCAAGGGAGCUCAACGAAUCUUCCUGCUGACCAAGAGCAAAUUCAUGCUGGCCGACCAGAAGUCGGGUCAACAGAUCAAGUCCAGUGUACCCCUGGCUGAGCUUACCAGUGUCUCCAUGAGCACGCAGAGUGAUGGUUUUUUUGCUCUGCGGGUCAAAGAGGGGACGACAGCCGCUGCCAAGGGGGAUUUCUUACUGAACAGCGAGCGGAUAAUUGAGAUCAUCACCAAACUGCACCGGGCAGGACUCGACCUGACCAAGGAGAAGAUUCAAAUCGAGAUCACGGAUGAGUUCCUGGUCCAGUUCAAGCAGGACAAAGUGUGCGUGAAGUUCAUCCAGAACGGCCCCAAGAACGGCACCAUGGCCUCCUGCAAACGGAAGAACAAUCGGCUGCUGGAGGUGACCGUGCCAUCGCCAUAGCCUUCGGGGCGACGCCACUCGGGGGCUGUUUUUCCUAAUUUACUGUGCAAUUUGUUUUAGUUUUUUUAAUUUCUUAUUUUUAUGUGGGCUGACGUUCGAAGAAGAAACACAAUUACACCAAGGCUUGAAGAUGAGGAAUGACUAUUUUAACAAAAAAAUAAAAGAAAAAAAGUUGUUCUUGAAUGACUGCUGUCCGGUUUCAUUUUCCAGGUGUUUGCUCAGUUUGUUUCAAGCUUCCUUCAAAUGUAAAAAAGAGGUGUGGAGGAGGGGACUGUUUUCUAAACCUCUGCUACUUUUGAAAGAGAUGAUGUACACAGAGUUAGGCUUAAAGCUCCUAAUUCAGUAUCCAGUCUACCUCUUCCUGGGGUGGAAGUAAGACUCCCAAUGCAUAACAAUAAUCUAUUCCUGGUUUUAGUGUAAGCUUAAGACACACCUGAGCUUGUUCGCUAUAAACUGGCUAAUCGUGCUUGUACUAAAACCUGGAAUGGGUGAAACUCUCGUGCAAUGGGAGUCUUGUUUUCAUCUCUGUCUUCACUGAUCAUGCUUGCUAAAAUAUUUGGCUCUGCAUUCUGUAAAAUAUUACCUUGAAUGUCAGGCUUUUGCCUGAGCAGGACUGGGAGAUGCACGAUCGCUUUGCGUGUGUGGGUGUGUGUAUAGUCAGAUUGUUAUCUGCAGGUAACCUGAUGAGGUUCAAUGUAAGAGAUGCCAUGUGGACAAGAACCACCUUUUUCUCAGUGCAGUGAAAACUAAGGCACAGUUUAAUGGGCCAUUAGAAAGGACUGGUCGUCUGCCAGCCAAAGAGCGACGAGAACAAAAAAGAUAAAGUAGUGAUUAGUGGGUUCCACAAUGAAAACUGGUCCUGAAUGCCACGAAUACUUUAGAGAAAUGUGUGUGUUUGUGUGUGUGUAUAUGUAUGUAUGUAUGUAUGUAAGUAUGUAUGUAUGUAUGUAUGUAUGUAUAUACAUACAUACAUAAUGCACAAGGAAGCUGAUAAUAAUCUGUGCCAAACAUCCUGAGACGUAAAGCCAUCUACCAAGUGUCUUAUACUGCAUCUGUAUUGAAAUACUCAUAUGAUGUAAUAACUCGAAUUAAAAAUAAUAGUAGUAAUUUUGCAACAAUGAAAGAAUGUGUAAUACAAUGUUAAUAUUUUUUUUUCUUUGGGUGUGGUAUAAUUAAGAAUGUUAAGUGUGUAUCUUUAGUUUAUGAAGAUGCAUAUUGAAUAAUAAAGGCUCUGCAGUGCCUGCUCGUGGAGUGAU